GUCCUGCCAGAAGGCGCUCGCCUGCCGACCGUUGUGUCCGGAACCUUCGGAGGUCCCGUGCUUGGGUCGCAUGAGUUGGAUGGACGCCUGGACUCAUUGGAGGCUUCCCCCGCCCGUGCCGCCCUCAAGUCCUGGAAGCUGACCUGGGCCUUGCAAGCUGACGGCAAGCUGACGGCUCGUUCCAACGGCCCCAGGAUCUCAGCCCAAG